UUUUUCAGUGCAUGAUGGGCUAAAGUGUAGGAAACAGCAUGGCGGGUCAUUUUACACUCACUCAGCUUUCAAGUGGAAAUCCUUUAUAUGAAAAGUAUUAUCGUCAGAUUGAUACAGUGAAUGGUGGGAGAGUUGGAGCAGCAGAAGCUGCCUCAUUUUUAAAAAGGUCUGGGCUCUCUGAUCUCGUGCUUGGAAAGAUAUGGGAUUUAGCUGAUGCAGAUGCAAAGGGAUUUUUAAACAAACAGGAAUUUUUUGUUGCUUUAAGACUUGUAGCCUGUGCACAAAAUGGGCUUGAGGUCUCGCUGAACAGUUUACAACUUGCUGCGCCAGCACCAAAAUUUAGUGAUAGAAACAGUCCAUUGCUGGCUGGUGGUUCAACACCUAUUGAUAUUCCCUGGGCUGUGAAGUUGGAAGAAAAGGCGAAGUAUGAUAUAAUUUUUGACAGUCUUAAUCCUGUGAAUGGUUUCCUAUCUGGUGAUAAAGUGAAACCUGUGCUUCUGAACUCUAAGCUACCUGUGGAUGUCCUAGGAAGGGUCUGGGACCUCAGUGAUACUGAUCAUGAUGGAUUAUUAGAUCGGGAUGAAUUUGCUGUUGCAAUGUACUUGGUUUACCGUGCUCUUGAGAAAGAACCUGUGCCAUUUUCCUUGCCGCCUGCCUUAGUACCACCUUCAAAGAGGAAAAAAGCAAGUGUUCCAUCUUCAGUGCCACUCAUUCCAUCUCCACCUACUGCGAAGGAAAGUCGACAGUCCUUGCCCCCUGUGGGAAUUCUAUCUUCUAAAACACUACCAGUCCAGGCUGUCAAAUGGGUUGUAACACCAGCUGACAAAGCAAAAUAUGAUGAGAUUUUCAUGAAAACUGACAAAGAUCAAGAUGGAUUUGUCUCUGGGGUAGAGGUUAAAGAUAUCUUUCUUACCACAGGUCUGACCCCAACAACACUGGCUCAUAUCUGGGCACUCUGUGACACAAAUGAUUGUGGAAAGCUUACAAAGGAGCAGUUUGCCUUGGCACUACAUUUAAUAAACCAGAAGUUAACUAAAGGUAUUGAUCCACCUCAGGUUCUCACAGCAGAGAUGAUGCCUCCUUCUGAUAAUGCACAAAAGAAUGGAUCAGCCCUGAACACUCGAACUGACUUUUCAGCCAUCAAAGAACUUGAUUCUAUACACAACGAAAUUGCUGAUCUUCACAGGGAGAAAAGCAGUGUGGAAGUUGAAAUCAAAGAAAAGGAGGAGGCCAUCAAGCAACGAACGAGUGAGGUCCAGGACCUCCAAGAUGAAGUUGAUAAAGAAAGUACAAACCUCCAAAAGUUACAAGACCAGAGGCAACAAGUCCAAGAAGUGCUCAAUGGCUUAGAUCAACAAAAACAUCAAUUGGAGGAGCAGCUUAAUGACAUCAGACAGAAGUGCACUGAUGAGACAGAGUUGAUCACAUCACUAAAGACUGAAAUUUCAGCUCAGGAAACAGAUAUAUUAUCUUGUGAAGAAGAGCUCAUCAAAGCAAAGGAGGAGCUGAACCGACUUCAUUUGGAGACAGCAGAACUGCAAGAACGUAUGGAGGCCAGCCAAAUGCAAUUGGAGCCCAUGCAGCAAUCUCUACAGACAUCUCACCAUGAGAUUAGUCAGGCAAAAUCUAAGUUGUCUGCACUACAAGAAUCUGAGGAAAGCCUCAACAAUCAAAUGAAUUGGCGUAGUCCUGUGCGACCUGCUGUUGUCAAUGGUAGUGUUGAGCCGUAUGAUUUCAGCAACAGUGUAAGUGAGCCCACUGACCACAAGGAAAAUAUUGAAAAGUACAGCCCAUUGGAGAAGGAAGCGGUUAUUAACGAGGCAGUGGUCACCAAUAGCAUUGAGGAGUCCAUCUCAAAUGCUACAGAAACAAAGACAGAACAAGCUGAAAUUCAGCAGCCAAGUGUUGCAGAAAAGGAUGAUCCUUUUGAUCCAAUAGUUACGAAAACUACGAACAACAACAGUAUUCCAGACUCAAAUCUGGAUUUCUUUCAGACGGAUCCUUUCACUGGAAGCGAUCCCUUUAAAGAUGAUCCAUUUGGAAAAGUUGAUAUUGCAGAUCCUUUUGGAGGAGACCCUUUUAAAGGCACUGAUCCUUUUGCAGAUGCUUCUAGUAACUUCUUUCAACAAUCUUCAAAUGAUCCGUUUACAUCUAUUGAGUCUGAUCCUUUUAGUACUACAGUAGCCAACAAUAAUGUGGGAUCAAUUGAAACUCUGAAAGCCAAUGAUCCAUUUGCUCCUGGUGGUGGAACAGUCUCAUCCACGAGUGAAACAGUUGCAGACCCUUUUGUCUCAGUGUUUGGAAGUGAUUCAUUUGGAAGUGGGUUUGCUGAUUUUAACACAUUAUCACAGUCUGACCAGCAAGAUCCAUUCAGUUCUGCUACAGGAAUAGACCCUAGUAAUGAUGCAUUUGGAAAAACUGGAUUCACAGAUGAACCUAUAAACAUUGAUGAGGUUCCUCCAGCUUUACCACCAAAGGUUGGCACUCCAACAAGACCCCCUCCUCCACCACCUGGUAAAAGACUUUCCCUUGUAAAAUCAGAAUCAUCCAACUCCAAGUUAAAUGAUCCUUUCCAUCCGUUUAAUUCAGGGGAUUCAUUCCAUAAAGAGAAUCAUCUUGACCCAUUUGCUCCUACCUCUCCAAGUAAAGAUGUUGGAGACACCACAAAUUUUGCAAACUUCAAUGCUUACCCCAGUGAGGAAGACCAGAUAGAAUGGGCUAAAAGAGAAAGUGAACGAGCAGAGAAGGAACGACUAGCGAGAUUAAAUCAGCAAGAACAAGAGGAUUUGGAACUGGCCAUAGCACUCAGUAAAUCUGAAAUAUCAGAAGCAUGAAUAGCUCUUCUAUGGUUCUCAACGUACUGGCUGCCAUUGACUCGCAAGUCUACUCUUACUAAUGACAUUUUAUAUAGAAACUACCUAAAGUAACUAUGUCAUUAUGGAAAUUCUUCCCUGAAAUUAUUAGUUCAUUACUAAAGAGUCUUAUACUGGACUUGGAUCAGUGUGGUGAAACUUAUUAAUUCAAAAAUAUAAAAUAACCUUUAUCCUGUAUAUGUAAAAAUAAAAACAAUGUACAUGCUAAAUACUGAUGCAAAUCUGUAUUAAAUGCAAUGAAUUUACUUAUAAUUAUACUCCUUUGCAUUGUUGGGUAAUGGAGUGUACCAUCUCUGCUUCCUGUUCAAAUAAUAUUGUCCAAUAGGAUACAGAAGCCAUUGAACAGCUGUACAUAUUUACACCUUAAUGACUAAGUAGAUUUCAAAAAUCAUAAACUUUUCAAGUGUAGCAUAUUAACUGUUUCUGUAACCACCAGUGCUAACAAUAUAUAACUGUAUAGAACAUCUAUUUCAAAAUACAUGCUGAAACUGCUGCUGUAAGUUAAACGUAUGCACUGCUAAACUUUUUACUGGCUUUAUUUUUUUAACUUGUCAGUUUAUAAAUUUAAGUGAUUUUCCUUUCAUGUUCAUGUGAAAUUGCUGACUGCCUGGAUGAGUAAAUAACAUCAAAUAAAAUGCAAGCUUAUGUUAAGA